AUGGCGUUUACGUAGAAUAGACAGAUGUGUUCACGGCCACGAUGGGCGAUGAUUCUUUGAUAUUACGGGAAGAUGGGUACAUUCGUAUGAACUUUCCUGUUUCUUCUUUAACGUACCAUAGUAACUUAAAUAUAAUUUUGGUGAAGACUGAUGUGGGCGGUGUACACGUUUUGGAUGUGAACUCUGGUGUGAUUCUUCAGUCAUCUUUUCUAUCAGCGGAUGAAGGUGGUACCGUGGGCGUGGAAUAUGCAUCGGGAGCGGACCGUGUGUUGUUAUGGGACAGGAGUGGUGUCGGCGCCCGCACGGACUACAACGGGGUGUUAUUGCUGCACACGGCGUUGCAGCGCCGAUUGCCCUCGCCGCAGCCGGAGACCGUCAUAAAGAUCGAACUCGUCCUCUCAGAGGCGGUCAUCUUGUACCAGUGCCUGCAGAACUUGGAUGUACACGCGAUCGAGGGCUUGCAGGACUUUGUCAACGCACUAAAGACCGCAAUCGAUGCCGAACCAGCUAGGAAAGGCGUUAAAGCUCAAAAGUGGAGCACAGUGACAAUCUCCCUGCCGCAAGUGACGUUCCGCCUGGUGACGGCGGCGGUGGUUCACGAGCUAAAGGGUCAGAACCGGCGCGUGCCCGCGCUCGCUAUCGCCUCCGCGGUGCGCCAGCGCGCCAACGAGCUGAUGCCGAGCGCGCGCGAGGGGGAGACACGCGCACUCAUGUACUCAGAGGCUGAGCGGAAGGAGACCUUCAAACGGUGGCCGCAUAUGGACUACAAAUGGGCACUGCCGGCGCGCAUGGCACAGGCGGGGUUCUACCACCAGCCGUCUCCGAGCGGCGACGACCGCGCGAUGUGCUUCACGUGCAUGGUGUGCCUCGUCUGCUGGGAGAAGUCGGACGAGCCCUGGGUGGAGCACGAGCGCCACUCGCCCAACUGCCCCUUCGUGCGCGGAGAGUACACGCACAACGUGCCCAUCUCGGUUUCAAAUGCGACUGCGAGCGCACAUCCUUGCCCCGACAUCUCGGUGGUGUCGAAGGGCAACACGGGCGAGCUGGUGGCGACCGGCACCGCCGAGGGGAAGGUCUCGCUGUGGCGCUUCGACAGCGGCCUCAAGUUCGUCAAUGUCAUCAACCUCUCCCCGUACGACUCCAUCUUCAGCGGCAUACUGGCCACAGAAAGUAACAAAGUUUGGUCCACUAGCCUGGAAAAGGAUACAUCCACAUACGACCUGGAGCUCACGGCGCUGGCGUUCAUUGGCAUGACGUCGAAACAGGACAACUACCAGCAAAAUCAAAACACGGAAGCUAACGAGAAGGAAUCGAGCGGCGUCAAGUCGAAACCCUCCCUUAUAUGUGGAGUUAUUGUGACGAGAACCAACUGUGCGCAAGCUGACAUGCCGCCCGGCGACCACGCCAGCAAGGCACUGUUCGACUCCGGCGCUGUCGGACACUCCGACGACGGUAUUAAGGAGAUGAAUGACCAGAACGAGGCUAAAAACAACCAGACCUCGGAGAAAAUGCUCUUCCUUCUGACUUACGACAUAUACUGCUCGCUGGGCGGCUCCGUCGCCACGGUAGUCCACACCUCCAACAGCAGCGCCAACUCCAAGCCCGGCGGCAGCAAGAAGAUCCCGCUGCUGCCCGUGCCCAGGGCCGAUGACGGCAACAUCUACGACGAGAUAUACUUCCAGUACUCCGAUGAGGAGACCGAGCUUCCACAGAGCACGAACUUGUUAGAUGAACACAUUAGUAACGUUAUUAAUUUAAAUGCGUCGUCCAGCAAAGAGGUCUGCAAAUUUUGGGACACGAAGAAGAUUAUGUUUGCGAAACAUUACAAAGUGCUAGCGCCUUCCCCCCCAAAUGCCCUGCUGCCCGAGCUGCCGGAGCCCGGACAGACAACCAUCAUCGACUUCGUCGGCAAUCUGUCGCAACUGAAAAGCUGGAAGAGCGGCAACCUGGACUCUGUCGGCACCAAAAUAGUCGAUCAGCCGGAUGCGGUUCAAAUCGGUUCGGCUAUUGCACCGACAAUCACACACUACUUCAACAUGAAUGGACCUUUGGAAAUAUCAGAUUUAAAGUGGUACGAGGACAGCGAUGGUAUGGAUAAAAUCAAGAUCCCCCCAUUCAUGGUAUGCAAACCCGGCACAGAGACAGCCGUCAGCAACAGCAACAACGACGGCUUCGACAGCGACGCUAACCAGGAGGAGGCGUUGUACCCCAUCGUCGCAGUGCAGUGCCUCCGUCUGCCGCACGACAUGGACAUCAGUGAUGCUUCCAAAAUAACGCACAUGUUGCCCACAGAGGACAAGGAACAUUUAUUGGUAGUCGUUUCCGCCAUUGAAUCUGACAAAUCCAAACCGGAACCCGAGGCGGACGGCAAUAGCGACAUGAACAUGGACGUGGACGAGAGCGAAGUCGACAGCGCAGUAAAAGACUCGAAGGCUCAUUUCUUACUGUACAAAAUUAACAAGAAAACCUCUGUGUACACUCUGGACGAUCAGCCCGUUUUAGUUAAAGAAUUGCCAUACAAUGAGAGUCCCGUGGACUUAUGUCUCAUGCCUGCUGACAAACACGACCAGUGUUCUCUCGCAGCGGUCGGAGUGGACGGUACUUUAAGAAUGUAUGCUAUGUCCGAUUUUAACACCUUGUCUGAAAAAUGUAUACCUAACGGUGAGUUCACGUCGGUCGUGUACUGCGCUUCCGUGGAGCGGCUCAGCGUCGCCACCAAACAAGGCAUGAUCUACUUCUAUGCGUUGAACGAUGGCGACAAAGAUUCAGCGGGAGCUGUAGCCGAAGACCAUUUCUCCAAUGUAGAUCUAGACAUGCUGUGGUAUGAGUCGUUGACCGGCCCGACCAGCCCCCCCGCUAUCAUAGCUAACAAGCCCGAAUUGAACAUUACGGACUUGGAAACUCUAAUAACUCUCAGUGGCAUGUAUGGCACCAAUGACACCGUGCCCUACAGCACUGUGGUGCCGGGCUUCUGGUGCGAGUUGUCCCCCGCGCAAAGAUCGAGAUCAGAUCACCAGAAUAACAGAUGCUGGAGACUACAAAAUACGUCUUCCACUUGGGACGAACACGUGCUCGAGUUGACUAUGCCGUACAGCGUCUCACUUGCACAUAUAGAAUUUAGUUUCACUUUGCACAAUGCCAGCACAGGGAAUUUACCCGUGAUUCAGGUCACCCUAUUGAAGCAGAAUUUACACGGGGUGGGAUACAAAAAGGACGCAUCGUUCUGCCAGCGAUCCGAAUCGCCCGUCCAUUUCCCUGUCAUCGAUUCCGACGGACCCAAUAUAGAGAACCCCGUCAACAGCGAGGAGUACCUCCAGGCGCACAACGCGGAGAUCCUCGCCGGGCCGCUGCUGCUCUCUUCCGGGCUGGAUCUGACGCAGCAGUCGGGCACAUUGAUACUGACGAGCCCUCGCUUGUUUAGAGCGAGAGGUAGAACUUUCCUGAUUCAUAUUAAGACACUAUUUGAUCCCGCCAAGGACAUGACGAAAGUCCCGACCAAGUCCAACGAGAGCUCCAAAAAGACGGGCUUCAUCGGCUGCGACUGGCUGCAUCAGAUAUCGAUAACCGUGAGGUCGAGUCCCCACACCGAGCUGCCGAUGGAGAAGCAGCAACGGAUCGCUAUGCUCGAAUCCAACACUUUCUUGGACACGCUUUGCGAAAUAGCUACAAAAAAGGGAGGCAACGAGGAACGUAGGCUCGCUUUGGAUCUCCUUAACUGGGUGCUGUCUAUACGGCUGCAGCGUAUGCGGCUUGUGGAGAAGGGCCAGGACAAGGAGGCGGAGAGCCCCGUGGAGACGCAACAGUUGGAGUGCAUCGCCGUCAUAGAGAGGCACAUCGAGGCCCUCGUUAAGAACUGCAUCCUGUGCGCCAACAGAAGCAUCGCCAAGAAGUGCAUCAAAAUUAUACUUAUCACCAGCGAGGGAGUGAAGCAGCUUCCGAAGCCGUGGAAGUGCACGUUCGAGUCGCGUCUGUCGCAGUGCGUGGUGUCGUGCGUGCCGUACGUGGGCGCGUGCAGCUCGCCCGGCGCGCUCAAGUGGCUGGGGCCCGCCGUCGUCAGCGCGCUGCCCACUGACUCACACCAGCUAUGGACAGUAGUGAAGGAGGGCCAAAGCAAGCAGCAGUCGCAGGACCCGGACUCCCUGGAGGACGUGGAGAACACCAUGAUGGAUUGCGACCCGCAGGAAAAGCCCGACGCACCGGGGGACAACUUCUUUACGGAGGAGGAGCAGUGCGGCAUCCCGUGGGCGACGCUGGUGAGCAAGCCGCCGCAGCACACGCUGGUGGUGGAGCGCAUGCACUCGGGCGCGCGCCGCUACAUCGUGCUGGACUUUGGACACACUGUCAGACUAACGGACGUUAUAAUCCCGUCGUGCUCUGACCUGGUGACGCUGUGCAUCGACAUCUGGGUGAGCGGCGAGGAGACUGACUCCGUGAAGCUCGCCUUCGCCUCCGACAUCGCCACCAAACACCUGGUGCUCACUGACAUACAGCCGCCGCCGCUCUGCAGAUACAUGAAGAUAACGACAAUCGGGCGCUACGGCAUGUCGGCAAUGAAAUGCAAGAUCCCGCUGGGCUGGUUCUACGGAGAGAUCGCAGAGGUGCCCAAUGUGCAGGCCUCCAUCAACGCCCUCAACGCCCUGCACCAGGACCUCAGCUGCAGGUUUAGGUUGGCAACGGGAAAGCUGAUCGAUCUCUUGAACCCGUACCUGGAAAUGUACAACGGCAACGCUUCCCACAUGAUGGCGUACUUCAAUAUAGGCACCGAUGUAGACCCGAAGGUGGUGAUCGCUUACCAGGAGUGCAUGGAGCUGCAGCAGCAGGUGCACAACUGCAACAACAUGCUGCGGAAGCUCGCCAACCGCGGCGACUGCAACGAGCGCGCACUCGACCUGAUCACCCGCGGCACCGUCACCGCGGAGGGCCUGCUGCUGCGCGCCUCCACCGACAAGCUGCGCGUCAUCGCGGAGAACGUCGUCGAUAUGCUGCUCUACUUCUUAUUCCAAAUGGAUGAGGUGCAAUACCCGGAGGUGUCGAGCGAGUGGUUCUCGCGCGUGUCGUCGCUGGUGUGGUCGUGCGGCGCGCGCGGCGCGGCCUCGCUGGGCACGCUGCUGGCGCGGCUGUGCGGCGGCGCGCACUGGUGGGGCGAGCGCCUCGCGGACCUGCUCUGCGAUACAUUCUCGCCGCACGACGCACCGCCAAGACCACUCGACAGGUGUCUAGUGGUGGUGAUGUUCAUGUGCCGCAAGAGUAUGUACGCGCACCUGGAGUAUGGAGGCACGGGCGUGGCGGCGGCGCUGGCGCGGCGCGCGCUGGCGCUGCUGAAUGCGGCCGAGCCGCGCCCCGCGCCGCUCGUCGCGCUGCUCACCGCGCUCGCCUCCGUCAUGGACGCCGUGCUGCCGCCGCCCGCCGCCGUGCACGUGCCAACAGUCAACACCACGCCCGCUGUGCAGAGACUUAAGAGAUGGGAGUGGGUGACGGGCGGGCUGGCGGGCGCGUGGGGCGCGGGCGGCGCGGAGGCGGCGGGCGAGCGCGGCGACUGCAAGCUGCCGCGCCGCAAGCUGCACAAGAAGCUGCUCAACCACAUGCACGAUAUUGAGUCGGUGCGACGCGCUCGCAAUCGCAUCAAGGCUCGUCUGAUUUCGUGUGGCAAGAUGGGCGUGGUGAGCACGAAGGCGGAGGAGAUGGAGCGUGCGGCGCGCCUCGUGCCCCCCGCCCUCGCCGUGCAGCUGGCGCAGGCGCUCGUGGCGCACCUGCUGGCCGCGGACAGCGCCGUCGCCGGCGAGACGCUGCUGCUCUCCUCCAAGGUGGUGGGGCGGCUUUGCGCUGCGAGCGGCGGUGCGUCCCUGCUGGAGCCGGCGAGCGUGCUGGGCCUGGCGCGGCUGGCGGUCACCCUGCCGCCGUGGCCAAGGCACGCGCUCACCAUGCUGUUGCAGGAUUUGGUGGAAUACGAAAAUAUAGACGGUACCCCGAGCCCCACCGGCGAAGAGCAGUCGUGGAGCGAUGCAAGCGCAACUCGUCCUACUGUCACCCAGGAUGACAUCGGCACCAGGACACCGCCGCGCAAGAACAAGACCGGCAGUGUUGCAGAUUCGUUAGCGGCUAGCUUUGGCCUGUCGAAGAGCGGCAAGCCGAAGUCCAAGCCCAAAGUAGCCGCAACCGCGCUAGCGGCCGCAAAUGCAGUGAAAACCAUCGAAUAUCGUCUUAGCCAAGUGGCGGAGCUGGAAGUGUUGCUCGACUCGGAGACUGAGGAUAAACAGGACUCUGACUUCGUGGACGCAACAAAGAAAAUCAAGUUAAAACCCAUUGCAGACAACUUCAACACAAGCAUAUCGACAUGCGUGGACGCGCGCCUAGAGAGUGGUGUGGCGGCGGCGGGCGAGGCGUUGGCGCGGCGGCUGCUGGCGGCGACGUCCGGCGUGCUGGCGGCCGCGCUGCGCCCCGCACCCACCCCGCCCGUCUCCCCGCCCCUCUCGCCGGGUGUGAGCCCCGCGCCCUCCCCCGCGGGGCCCGCCUCGCCGCCCGCGCCCGGCCCCAGCCACCUCGCCGCUCCGGGCACUUCCGCCGCCUCCGUCCCCGCACAGCGCGCUCACCCCCCGCUCAUGCAUACGCUCUACGACGUGUUCAGACAUUUGGCUCUAGAGUUCCCACAGCAGCGCGAUUGCAGCCUGAUGGAGAACGUGCUGUCGCUGUGGAUGACGCUGAACGGGUGCGCGUGGGGCGCGGGCGGCCCCUCCAGCUCGGCCGUGUGGUCGGCCGUGCCCUCGGACAUGCCGCGCGUGCGCCUCGCCCCGGACACCGUCACCGCCAUACUGCACCAGCUCUGCACAGUGGAGAAUAUAUCCCUGAGAUGCUGGAUAUUAUCAAUGCAGUCUUUGGCGUGGAUAGCAGGACUACCUUUACAAACGGACGGCGGGGCGCAGACGCUGGGCCGCUUCGUCCUGGAGAGCGAGUACUUCGUUCCCGCGCUCGUCAAGUUCAUCUCGAUGGACGUGAGUGCUGACUGCGCCGUCACCUGCUCGGAGAUGUACCUUUCGGGGUCUAGUGUGGGCGCGGGUACGGGCGCGGCGGGCGCGCUGCAGGCGUUAUACUACGCGCGCCGCCUGCUCGCGCUGCCGCUGCCAGUCGCAACGCAAGGACAAGCGGAGAGCGGCGAGCAGUCUCAGACGGACGAGAGCAAGGCGCUGGGCGCAGCUGACGGCACCAACCUGGAGGACGAGCGCAAGCACGUGCCGCGCGCGCCUUGCCUCGCGGAUGCAGUAUUACAAGAAGCAGACAUCAUGCAAGAUUUCUACGCGACAUUAUCUGUGUGCGACGGAUUGAACAAUUUAGUAAUCAGUUCAAGCACAAAUACGGAAUCAUCGACAGAAUACUCCUCGCUGAAGGAGGAAAUAUUUUGGUUGGUAUCUCAGUUGCCGACCGUUGCUUCUAACGCGGCACUAAUGGUGCCCAGUCUUAUGGACUUUCUCAGGAAAAAAGAGGUGAUAAAUCUUUCUCAAGCGAUGCAGCAACUGAUUGUGAAGUUACUGGAUAAGUCCGAGGCGCUCGCCGCCUUUAUAGAGGCCGGCGGACUGGAACUUUCUGUAGAGAAACUAACCACAUGCCAUCAGUCAGGGCCAAACAACAGCCAGGGUCUAGUGUCGUCCCUGAUGAACCACCUGAAGAUGCCGCCGCAGAUCAUCAACAUGUCGACAGCAGCCGGCGCCAAGAAGACCCAGCCGCCAAUCACCGACACCGCCAACGGACUCAUCAAUAUUGCCCCACUGUGCACUGUGUCGUGCGACAACCCGACGGCGCAGGCGGCGGACGUGCUGCUGGACGGCGGCGGCGUGUCGGCGGGCGUGUGCGCGGCGCGGCGCGUGCGGGCGGCCGCCUGGUCCUACCACUUCUUCAGCGCGGACGACGCCUCGCUCGCACUCACCAUCACGCUGCCCUACGCCGCGCAGCUGCACGAGGUGCAUCUGCAGCCGCACCUCACCAGCCUCGCCACGUGUCCGGGUGCGGUGGGCAUAGAGGCGUCGUGCGGGGGCCCGCUGGUGGCGCUGGGCCCGCCGCAGAUGACGGCCGGCAUGACGUUCAUCCGGCUGGUGCUGGCGCGGCCAGCCGUCGCCUCCACCGUGCAGCUGCGGCUGUACAAGCCGCGCGACAGCUCCUACAUGGGCCUGCUGCAGCUGCGCGUCAUCGUCGCCCCAGCAUUCGCCGCGCCCACUAUGUUCGCACCCAACGGAUUCAGCAACAACUGGGUGUGCGUGGUGGCGGCGUGCACGCGCGCUCAGUUAGAGUCGGCGCGGUGGGCGCGCGUGGGCAGCCCGGCGGCGGUGCGCGCGCUGUGCGCCGCCGUGCUCGCCACCCGCGGCAGCAGCCCGCAGCUGCACGCGCACGCCUCGCUCGCCGCGCACACCGCGCUGCUAGCCGCCGCGCGCGCCUGCCCCGAACUGCGCGCGCCGCUGCUCAACGCCCUACUAGCUACAGACGAACACGCAUACGCACACUCGUUCCAGAUGUGCGGGGCCUUGAGCGCGGGCGCGGGCGCAAGCGUGACGGCGGUUUGCUGGGCGGCGCGCCAGCUGUGCCGCCGCUGCCCCGAGGGCACCGCCGCCGCCUUCGUGCGCUGGCUGGCCGAGGUGGCGCAACGGCCGCGCCGCACGCCCUCCGCCGCACUGCUUCACACAUUCGCAUCGGUGUUGUGGUCCCUGAAAGAGGAACGUCUGCUGGACGAUCUGGAUGAGCUGAUAACGGACGAGCUGUUCGACCUGGUGUUCGUGUGGGUGCAGGAGGUCGACGAACUUAGCUUCCUCAAGAAAGCACUCGAUGCCAUCGUAUGCUCAAUGUGCUACAUAAGACCGGAUCUCUUCAAGAAACUAAUGGAACAUAUUGGAGUUCCUGUAGACAAUGACGAGAGUAUGGAAGGUUUGACGGACGACCGCAAGGUGCACCGGCCGGCGCGCGCUGGCGGCGCGAGCGGGGCGGCGGAGGGCGCGGCGGCGUGCGGCGCGGCGGCGGCGGCGGUGCGGCUGAGCCGGCGCGAGCUGCGCACGCUGGCCGCGGCCGCGCUCUCCCCUGCGGCUACACUCAUGAUGCUGCAGUCGCCGCUGCCGCACGCUCUCGUGCGCUGCGUUACUGAAUACAGUGAAGCUAAAUUACAACAAAUUAAGGAACAAUUAAGUACUCAAGAAGACGUAUACAUGAAAGAUGCCGAAAUUGAACCGAACCAAACCGUAACAACGCCGUCUAUGCAACACAUCUGCGACAUCGUGGAGUGGGCGCGGCUGAUGUGCGUUGACUGCCGCUUCAAGGAAUGGCUGGGCGCGGCCGGCUGCGCCUUCUGGCGGCCCCUGCUCUGCAUGCUCUGCUAUCCGCGCCCAAGAGCCUCUUCAUGGCAGGAGAGCUCAGAGUACGCUAAUCUGGAGGAGCAUACGAUAAGGCUGUUCGCAGAACUCACCUUGUGCCAUGCAGCCAAUCAGAAACUCUUCGCUUCCACAUUACAUAAUAUUCUGGAAUCAAUUCAAAAUACAAUCGGUCCGGAGGGUCUGUCCGGGUUCACGCGGUCGCUGAUCCUGCGGCUGGUGCUGUCGCUCGGCCUCGUGCGCCUGCUGCUCGCCUGCCUCGCCGUCUUCACACACCACAAACCCGCCUCCAAUGAUAAUAGCCAGGCAUCAAAUGGGUCUGGCAAGCCGGAGGAGAAGAGUCAGCUGUACUGGGCGAAAGGCACGGGCUUCGGCACCGGCUCCACGCAGCAGUCGUGGAACGUGGAGCAGGCGCUGGUGCGACAGCGCGUCGAGGAGGAGCAUGUCACUGUUUUGCUCGAGGUGCUGUCGGCGUACAUGAACCCUGGGGAGCGGUGGCCGCCGGAGGAGGGCGCGCCGCAGCCCGCUCCGGAGGGCGAGGAGCGCGACCACCACCUGCCGCACGAGUUCGUCGACCUCAUCGCCAACAGCUCCCUGUUGCCCGCCAUCUGCUCCUACCUCAGGAACGACUCAGUGCUGGACAUGUCGCGGCACAUCCCACUGUACGUGUGCGUGCUGCGGUGCGCGCGCGCGCUGCACGCCCUGCGCUGCCGGCGGCUGCGGGCCGUGCCGCAGCUGCUGGCGCUCAUGAGCCGCACCACCAACUCCUACGCCAGCAAACUCAGAAUGAGCAAAAAGAAUAUAUUCGGUAAAAUGACGUACAGCCAAAGAUUUAACACGGCAAGCAACUGCGAGCUGUCGGAGGAGGACGAGGGCCUCGCCGCACUCAUUGCCGACAUACAGGCGACGUCUGCGCUGAUGUGUCGGUCGGAGGGCGAGGCGGAGGCGGGCGGGGUGCCGCGGCCGCUAGGCGGGGUGUCGCGCGAGGCUCGCUACAUCAACCUCAUGCGCACCAUGCAGUUCGAGACGUUCGAGAUGCUGGCCGAGUGCUCGGAGAACGGGUACCGGUUCACGGUGCCGUACCACUUCGAGGGCACGGUUGUCAUAGACCCGUAG